GGGGCCGGCAGGGGGCGGCGGGCGGGGGGGGACACACACGUAGGGCCCCGGUACCGGGACCCCGCCCCCCCGGCCCUUCCCUGCACCCCGAUCCGGGACCACCCUCCUCAGCCCGGUCCCCCGCACCCCCGCCCUGUGCCUCCACCCUGCCUGCUGCACCCCGACCCCCGCACCCCUCGUCCCGUCCCCGCGCCCUGAACCCCGCACACCUUGUCCUGUCCGUGCACCACCUCCCCUGCACCCCUUCCCCCAUCCCAGCACCCCUUCUCCUGUCCCCUGCGCCCCCUCCUGUCCCCUGCACCCUAUCUUGUCACCUCCUCGACUCCCAGCCCCUGCACCCCUUGUCCUACCCCUGCCCCCCAUCUUGUUCCCUGCACCCCUUCUCCUGUUUCCUGCCCCCCAUCUUAUCCCCUCCCCAUCUCCCAACCCUUGCGCCCCUUCUCCCUCCCCUGCAACCCUUGUCCCACGCCUGCCCCACAUCUUGUCCCCUGUGCCCCGUCACGUCCCCCAUCCCCCAUUCUAGCACCCCUUAUCCCACCCCUGCCCCCCCCACCUUCCCCCAUCCCCCCCAGCCGCCCCCGCUGCCCUUUCCCGCACAGUGUCCGGUUGUUCGGCGGGAGGGGGCGGCCGGGACCCGCUGGGGGGGGCAGCUCGUACUGGGGGGGCCGAUGAAAGGGCCCUUUUCUCUCCGCAGCCGUAAGGAGUUGGGGGGGGGGGCCAGACAGACCCGACUCCUGCCAGCGCUGGAUGCAGUGGGGUCCACGGGUGGGGAGCCGGGGUGGAUGCGGGGAACCCCCCCCACCCCCCCCAGCCCCCCCACAGUAACCGGGGGGGUCCCGGUGGUCCCGAUGGAGGUGGCGGGGAGGGGGCAACGCCUUCAGAUGCAGGAGAAGCUGCGGAUCCUGGAAGAUCUCAACAUGCUCUAUAUCCGUCAGAUCGCCAUUAGCCUCCAGGACACGGAGAUCCAGCGGAAGAUGGAGCGGGAGCUGCGGCUGCGGGAGGGGGCCUGCAAGCUGCUGGCCGCCUGCAGCCGGCGGGAGCAGGCGCUGGAGGCCGCCAAGAGCCUCCUGGUCUGCAACAGCCGCGUCCUGGCCUACAUGGCCGAGCUGCAGCGCAGGAAGGAGGCGCAGGUGCUGCGGCGGACGGCCAGGCGCCCCUCGGACGCCGGCCCCACGGACGAGCGCCUGCCCUGCCGCGGCACCGUCUGUGUCUCAGACCUGCGCAUCCCGCUGAUGUGGAAGGACACAGAGUACUUCAGGAACAAGGGAGAGCUGCACCGCUGCGCCGUCUUCUGCCUGCUGCAGCUCGGGGCGGAGAUCCACGACACCCCCAUGGUGCUGGUGGACCGGACCCUCACCGACAUCUGCUUCGAGAGCGCCGUCCUCUUCUCAGAGGCCGGGCCUGACUUCGAGCUGAAGGUGGAGCUGUACAGCGCGGGGCUGGCGGGGGGCGCGGCGCAGGGCAGCACCCCCAGAAAGCUGGCCACCCGCCUCAGCACCUCCCUGGGACGCUCCUCCGGCAAGCGGGUGCGCGCCGCCAUGGACGGGAGCCCCGGCAGCCCCCCGGGUAACGGCGGCACCAGCCCGCUCCUGCUGCCAGCCCCCAGUGUGCCGGGCCCCAAGUUCCACCUCCUGGCGCACGCCGUCCUCUCCCUGGCCGAGGUGCAGGACGGCUUCCGCACCCACGACCUCGCCAUCGCCAGCAACGAGGAGAGCUCCUUCUGGCUGCCCCUCUACGGCAGCAUGUGCUGCCGCCUGGCUGCCCAGCCCCGCUGCAUGGCCGCCCCGGUGACGAGCGGCUUCCUCCGGCUGCAGCUCCGCGGGCAGCAGCCAGGGUCCGAGGCACAGAGCGGGACCCGCCUGUACUGCGUCCUGCGCGGCACCGACCUCCUCUGCUACCGCGACCCCGGCGAGGCCGAGGCCGGGCUGGAGCCUGCCCUCACCAUCGCCGUCAACAAGGAGACCCGCAUCCGCGCGGCGGAGCGGGAGGGGCACGAGCAGCCCCACGGCAUGGCCGUCACCAACCGCUACGGCGGCGAGGAGGUGACCCACACGCUGCUGGCCGAGAGCCGGGCCGAGGCGCAGCGAUGGAUGGAGGCGUUCUGGCAGCACUUCUAUGACAUGAGCCAGUGGAAGCAGUGCUGUGACGAGCUGAUGAGGAUCGAGGUGCCGCCGCCGCGCCGGCCACCCGCCGUGCUGCCCCGGCAAGGCUCGCUCUACCACGAGAUGGCUAUUGAUCCGGCUGACGACAUCGAGGCAGUGACGGACAUCCUGACGCGGCGGGCGGGGGGCCGGGCGCCGGGGACCCCCCCUUGGCUCUCCCUCUUUGAGGGGCCACCCCCCCGUGCCCCCCGCUCUGGCCGGACGGGCAGCCCCAGCCCCCCCACCCACCGCCCCUGGGGCCGCCCUCGCACCCUCUCUCUCGACGCCAAGCUCAGCACCCUGAAGGGGCGGGGGUCCCGGCAGGCAGCACCCCCCCAGUGCCCCUCGCCCCCCAGCUCUGGCUCCUCCAGCAGUGGCAGCAGCAGCCCGGCUGCGGUGCACGACGCCCCUGGCCCCCUCCAGUCCCGGGUCUGAGCCUGGGGACCUCCAGGACCCUUUUGAGGGGGAUGGGAUGGGACCCCCACUCUUCAGCCCCCAGGGUGGCUGGGGCAGGGUGACAUGGCAGGGGGUCCUGCCCUGUUGUGGGGGGGCCAGGGGCUCCCAGCUUCUUUUCUUGGGGAGAAACUGGAAUUUCUGCCACCCUGUGCCUGGGGGGUGUGUGGGGGCAGGGUGGGCUCAGGGCUGACCCCUGCCAAAGGGGGAGGGGGGUUUGUCCCCACCCCAAGGUCGGUGCUGGGGGAUGAUGCCCCCCCAGGGUGGGUGCUCAGGACAAACCCCCACGUACGGUGGGUGUGGGUCUAACCCUGGGGGCUGCACAGGGACCCCCCCAGCUCUGCUUCCCCUCACCUCUAAUCCUGGGGGCUGCAUGCCCCAGCCCCCGCUGCUGCCCCCCACCCACUGCCCUUCCCGGGGGGGGCAGCGCCCCCAGGCAGGGACCAGCCCUGGUGCCCCCCAGGCCGGGGACCCAAAGCUACCACCUCAUUAAUAUGCAUUAAAAUUUAUUUAACAGCCA